AUGGACCCCCACCCUGCGUGCAGCCUCGUCCUGCUGGGCACCGUGGAGCCGGCGCUGGGGCUCCAGCCGGCCGAGAGCCUGCCCGGGCAGAGCCGGGAGGAGAUGGAGCUGGUAGGGGAGAUCCUGAGCUCCGCGGACCCUUCGGCCAAGGCCAGGCUGACUGUCAGCUGCCCCGACUUUGGGGAGUGGAGGGACUCGGGCUUGGACCAUCACAACCUCCAGGACUUCAUUGAGCUGCGCUACAACCCGGGCUGCAUCCUGCCAGAGAUGGAGGGGCUGGAGGAGUUCAUGGAGUACCUCUCGGAGUCGCUGGAGCCCCAGUCCCCCUUUGACCUCCUCGAGCCCCCCACCAUGGUCGGCUUCCUCAAGCUCUCCAAGCCCUGCUGCUAUAUCUUCCCGGGUGGGAGAGGGGAUUCGGCUUUUUUUGCCGUCAACGGCUUCAACGUCCUGGUCAACGGAGGCUCCAACCCCAAGUCAUCCUUCUGGAAGCUGGUCCGGCACCUGGACCGCAUUGACUCCAUCCUGGUGACGCACGCAGGCACAGACAGCCUGCCCGGUGUCAACAGCCUGCUGCAGAGGAAGCUGGCUGAGCUGGAGGAAGAUCCGUCCCAGAGCUCGCAGGGCAACGGGGACUGGGCGAAGAACCUCAUCUCCCCGGAGCUGGGUGUCGUCUUCCUCAACGCCUCCGAGAAGCUGAAGGACAUCGAGGGUAACUCCCGGGUGCUGAAGAGCUGCGACGAGGCUGCCCUGACCCUGCACUACCUGGACAAGCUGGGCAUCCGUCCCAACCCGCUGUCCCGGGACAGCGGACCUCGCGCAGAGCCCACCGUCCUUUUCCAGAAGAUGGGAGUGGGCCGGUUGGACAUGUACGUCCUGAACCCCGUGAAGGGCACCAAGGAGCUGGAGUUUCUCCUGCAGCAAUGGUCAGGCAACAGCUACCCCAAGGAGCAGGACUUGCCCCUGCAGUGCCUGACCUCCGUCUGCGCCCUGCUCGUCUGGCACCCCGUCAGCCCCUCCGAGAAGAUCAUCCGGGUCCUCUUCCCUGGCUGCACGCCCCAGGGCCGCAUCCUGGAGGGGCUGGAGAAGGUGAAGCACCUGGAGUUCCUCAAGCAUCCUGUGGUCACCAAGAACGAUUUGAAGGGGCCGCCGGCAUCCCAACCUGAGAAGCUGCUCAAGCAGAGGAGGGCAGAGAGCAAGGAGAGCCUGAAGUCGGCUUCCAAGCUCAGCUUGGUGGACGCUGGGGCACCGGUGCCGAAGGAGAAGGCUCCGAAGGUGGAGAGGAAGGAGGUGAAGGCAGGGACCAAGGAGAAGCCAAAAUCCCUGGGGGAGACGGCCAGAGCCGGGUUGGAAGAGGAGAAAGCCAAGGAUGCUCGAGCCAAGCUGGACUCUUCGACGGAGAAGCUGAAGGCAGACGCAAAGCCAAAGCUGAGCAAGGAGAAGGCGGUGCCCAGGAAGGAGCCUGUCCCCCGGAAAGAGGAGAAGAAGCCGCUGAAGAAGGAUGAGGGGGCUGAGGUGAAGGGGGAGGCCAAGAAGGAGGUGAAGGUGGCGAAGAAGGAGGUGAAGGCUGAGACGCUGCGGAAGGACGCGAAGGAGAACAAGGCAGAGGCCAAGGCUCCUGCCAAGACCCCGGCCCGGAAAACUCUGGUCCCGGAGACCCGCAAACCCCUGGCCAAGGCUGGCAGCAUCAAGAAACCCCCCCUCAAGAAGGAGCCGGAGAAGCCCAAGGCCAAAGCCCCCCGGGAGGCAGGCGGCAGGAAGGAGCCGGGGACGUCGGACGGCUCCAAGUCCUCCUCCCCCGAGGACAUGCUGCUGGAGGCCGAGCGGGGCCGGGGGGCCGCCUCACCGGGGGCUGGCGGGAGGAGGAGGAGGAAGGAGGAAUCGACGGACGAGGGCAUCACCACGGCCGAGAGCGAGCUGGAGCCCUCGCCGCUGGAGAACCGGGGGGCCGGGGGACGGGCGGGGACCGGGGCCCCAUCCCGCAACGGCCUGGAGGACCCCGACAGCCCCCAGCGUUUCCGCUACCUGGAGAGCAGCCCCUUGAGAGCCGUCUGCCCCCCCUCGCCCCUGGCCAAGACCCCCAAGAGCGACCGCAGCGUCAACUUCGACCUGACGCCCACCGGGAUGCUCAACCACGGCCCCGAGGGCGGCGAGGACGCCUGCGGCAGCUCCGAGGAGAAGACCCUGGAGAUGAUGUCUCCGGCCAGCUCGGGGCCGGCCAGCGCCGGGCACACUCCCUUCCACCAGUCGCCGGUGGACGAUGAGAAGCAGGCGGGCUGCCUCUCCCUCAGCCCCUUCAAGGACGACGUCCCCGACGUGUCCCCCACCAUCACCACCCCCUCGCUGCCGGCUGAGGUGGGCUCCCCGCACUCCACCGAGGUGGAUGAGUCGCUCUCAGUCUCCUUCGAGCAGGUGCUGCCACCCGUCAGCGAGUCCCCACCGGAGGAGGGCAGGCGCCCACCAGGCCCCCCCGUCUAUGUGGACCUGGCGUACCUGCCCGGCUCCUGGAGCGCCCGGACGGUGGACGAGGAGUUUUUCCGGCGCGUCCGCUCCCUCUGCUACGUGGUCAGUGGCGACGACCACCUGAAGGAAGGCGUCCUGCGCUCCCUCCUCGACGCCCUGCUCGCCGGCAAGCACCAGUGGGGCACCGACAUCCAGGUGACCUUGAUCCCCACCUUCGACUCGCUGGUGAUGCACGAGUGGUACCAGGAGACCCACGACCGGCAGCAGGAGCUGGGCAUCACGGUGCUGGGCAGCAACAGCACCGUGGCCAUGCAGGAUGAGACCUUCCCCGCCUGCAAGGUGGAGUUCUGAGAUGGGGGGG